CUCAAGAGAGCUGCUUUGUGCUUGCAAUGGCACUGUUUGCACCUUGUAACUGCAGCCGUAGCUUUCGUUUCCCUCUUCACGGUCUCCUAGCAUCUUAAGGAGUCAACCUUCCUGGACAAAGAGUGCAGGAAAGGAUGGGGCAAAAUGGACAAGGCCACCUGUCUGCGUCAGUGCCAUUGCUGAUUAGUCUGGGUAGGGAGAGAUGCAUCUUUGCAUUGCCUGGCGUGUGCCUGCUGCACACCAGGAAGAGACACAGCUGUUAUUAGACUUGCAGUUCCUUCUUAUGUGCCCAUGAUAAGGACCGAGUGCGUUUCCUGCAGCUUUUUCUGCAGAUGUGCUCCUCACCUUGAAAUCCUCCCUAUUUGUUCUCCGCUCCUCACCGUGGCCUGUGCUCUCUGUUUCAGACUGAGAACAAGGGGAAGCCCCUGCUGGUCCAUGAGGAGUCAGCUGUGAAUAUUCCAGCUAUUGCUGCUGCCCAUGUUGUUAAGAGAUACGUUGCCCAGGCAGCGGAUGAACUCUCCUUUGAGGUGGGAGACAUCGUGUGUGUCAUUGAUAUGCCCCCCAAGGAGCAGACCCCCUGGUGGAGAGGCAAGCACGGCUUUCAGGUUGGAUUUUUCCCAGGGGAGUGCGUGGAACUCAUUAAUAAGAAUGUUCCUGAGGCUCUCAUCAAUUCAGUGCCAAAGCCAGUGCCCAAGAAACGCAGCAAGAUCAUCACCUUCCUUCGUUCCUUGGUGAAGGCCCGCCCAAAGAAACCGACCGAGCGGGAGGUGGAGAAGGAAAAGGUGUUUGGCUGUGACCUGGGAGAGCAUCUUCUCCACUCUGGUCGUGAUG